AUGUCGUUCCUCGGCGUCAACCGACGCGAUCUCUGGUGGGUCAGCAAGACCUUCCUCAAGGGUGCCUUCAUCUUUCACAUCUUCAGCACGCACGUCGGUUGGAUCGGACACACCAGCGGCGUCAGCAUGGUCCCCACGAUCCCACACUCGUUCAACAAGCGUCCGUGGAUCCUCUACUCGGGCCUGCACCGGCGCGGCCGCAACAUCAAAGUCGGCGACGUGAUAACGUAUACACAUCCGCUGUUUCCGCAUCAGCGGGGCUGUAAGCGUGUUAUUGGUAUGCCGGGCGAUUUCGUCAGCGUGAUGAGCGCCGCAAGGGAAGAUGGGGAUUUGGAGAAGAAUGGGGAAGACGGUGAUUGGGCAAAUGUUAAGGAGAAGGUUGUCCAGGUGCCGGAGGGACAUUGUUGGAUUGCGGGUGAUAACCUGGAAUGGAGUAGGGAUUCAAGAUUGUUUGGGCCGCUACCGUUGGGGCUGGUCAAGGCAAAGGUGCUGGCAGUGAUAAGUCCUUGGGAGAGUGCGAGGUGGCUUGGGCAUGACAGAGAUGUCGUGGAUUAUCAAGGGACGGAAAGACAGUGGGUGAACGGCUCUUGA